CAAAUGACAUGCAUUGUGCCACUGAUGAACUGCUCAAACUAUGUGGGAUAUCGGCAGGUCAAAUAAUUAAGAUACGUACAUGCAUUGAUUCAUUCAGUGGUACAGAUUUUGAGGAUCAAGCAGUAAAUCCUAAUUUUGUGUAUCCGGAGGUUGAAGGGGCUGACAGUGAUGUUAUCAACCUUGUUGAUCUACAACAAGUAUCGAAAACAAGCGUGAUUGAAGAUCAACAUUGUGUUUCAAGACAGGAUGCUGUUAAUAAUCACUUAGAAUCAGAAACAGCUUCUCAUGUGAAGCCAAUGCCGGCAUUCAAUAUGAAUGUACAGAUUCCCAAUGAUAAAUGGCUUGGCACCUUUGAAUUGCCAACACAGUUUUCUCCAAGUGUGACAGAAAGCCUACAAAAAGGAUACCUACCAGGAAAAAUAAGAAAUGAAUUCACCAGAGAUAUUUGUUCAGCAGUCACAGUUUAUACCAUGAACCCCACAAAACACCAAAGACUUCAUGUGGCAUUCAUGAUUACCAAAGCAUAUCCGUUCCUAGCAGACAAGAUUGGCAGUGGAACAGCAUCAUGGGAGCAAGCAAUCAAGCAUAGAUUUAAAAACAUGAGAAAGCAUAAGAUAACUUCAAAUCCAUCUUCGAGGAACCAAUCAGAGGAGCAGAGUACCAAACAGCGAAGAAUAUCAGUUGAUACCACCCAUGGUGAAACAGAUGAAACAAUCAAAGAGCAUAUCACCACAAUAAAAAAAGAAAUGGGCAAAUCAUCAAAUAAGAAUUUGAUGCUCGUAAAGGAAUUGAUGAAUGUGACGUAUGGUUCCCGACAAAAUAAUAUUCUGUCAAACCCAGUAUCUAUCAAGGAGACUUUAAAGAUGUUUCCCGCAUUAAAGUUGGUUACAGAGGCAGUAUAA